UUUAUUUGUCCACCAGCCAUAUUUACUUUUAUUCGAAUAUGAACGAUUGAAUAUCGGCUACAGCUAAUAUAGGCAGCGAAAGGCUUUUGAUAAACUUAUUACGCCUGGGCUACCAACUUAAAGAUGGAGGAGCUGUACACCUUAGAGAGGGAGGUUGGACGAGGAAGUUAUGGUGUCGUCUUUGAGGGUCAUAUGGCCAAAACAGGACACAGGGUGGCCAUUAAACGACUGCCCUGCAGCAACCCAGAGUGUAUUGAACUCUACCUACAAGAGCUGUGGGCCAUGAGGACCACUGCAAAGAACCAUGUAAAUGUCAUUGCGCUCCACAGCUGCCUUUUGCAGACCGGACCAAGGAGCCUUAAGUCUCUGAAACCAAAGAAGCUGCCUCUCCAUCUGGUUGAGAGCGUUCUAAAGGGUAGAGUGGUUGGAGCUCCACAAAUUCAGAGAAGAAACGACGCCCAGUCCAACACAAGGAGGAGGACUAAAUCUGCCUCUAGACUUGAGGACAGGACCAACACUGGCCAGGUAAGAUCUAAGCUCCACAACAUGGCUAAAUCAAGAGCGUCUGAUUCGACAACCCCACAAAAGCCUCCAAACAGAGCAAGAAAGAGAUCUGCCCAGAGGGAAGAAGAGCAGCUUGGACCUCUGCGCCGCUUGGCCAUCUGGCUUGUGAUGGAAUACUGUGAUGGGGGGGACUUGAAUCAGUACCUACUCUCCAGACCUCCAGAUGCCCAACGUAACCACAGCGUGGUACAACAGCUCUGCAGUGCUGUCGCUUUCUUGCAUAAUCUAGGUAUCACUCACAGAGACCUGAAGCCUGACAAUGUUCUGGUCUGUGUGACCGCAAAGGGCCCCGUGGUUAAGGUGGCCGAUUUUGGUCUGAGUAAGAUGAGCGAGGCCAUGAUGAACGGUAAUCGAACCCGCCAACAGUUUUCCUCCAUCUGUGGUUCUGACUUCUACAUGGCUCCGGAGGUAUGGGGUGGGCUGAGCUACACUGCUCAGGCAGACAUCUUCUCCCUGGGUGUGAUGUUCUGGGCUGUCCUGGAGAGAAUCACUUUCCUAGAGGAAGGGACGACGCAGGAGCAGCUGGGUGCCUACGUGUGCAAGGGCCGCUCGGGCUGGUUGAUGCCGCUUGGGGAGGCUCUGUGGGAGAAUGCUGACCUUCAUCUGGCCAUCCCUAUGAAGUUUAGGAGGGCGCCCCCGCUGCCGCCCCCUCCUGGUCCAGCCAUGUGUGCCCUGCUUUUAGACAUGCUUGCCUCAGACCCGGAUGCGCGGCCGCUGGCUGACCAGCUGGAGGCCAGAGUGCGAUCUGCUUUGAAAGAGGACUCCCACUGACUCAAGCUGCACUCAAGAGACAAUGACCAUUUUAGCUGGAAUGAAUAUAUGUCAACAAUAGCUGCUUCGCUCCCUCAGGACAGUGAGGGUAAUAUAUUUGCAAAAAGCGGGUGCUUUUUUUGCCAUGGAAGCAAAAGAUCAGGUUAUUAAGUCUCAUUAAGGGAAAACAUGACUAAACUUCAACAAGUCCAUUAAAGCUUUGAGAUUUUCUAGUUGAAAGUAGUCCAUUUGACUUUAAAUCCUCUGAUUUUGAGUUGAAUCCAUGCUCCGAUCAGGUGGGAACUAAUGUUUCCAAGGAACUGCAUGCUGUGGUUUUUGGCUGUUUAUUUUACACGGAAAAUCUAUUUUAAUCUUCUAUUAAGAGUUUGAUCUUAGGUGCAGAGGAUUGCUGCUGUUUGUCUUGCGUCGUAUCAGCUUUAACUUUGAUUUUAUUUGAUUAUUUUGGAACAAAAACCUUUUUUUUAUAUAUAUAUUUGCCCAGGGAAUAUCACUGAACUUGAAUGUAGCAUUUAACAAGAUCUAAGAAAUCUAAUAUUCAGUUCAUUACAAUGCAAUAAGAAGAAUUAAUAAAUAACUGCAACACUAAUUACUUAUUGUCUACAUUAUUUUGUUGUAGUUUGACAGUAUUUUGUUUUUAUGUUUCAAAUAAAGUGUAUUUACUAAAGGUAAACAUAAUUAAGAAUUUUCCAGAAAGAGCGUGGGCAAAUCGGUCAUUUUGCAGGCCUUUUUUUCCCCACAACCUUGCAUAAGAAUUUAAGCUUCCUGCUUAUUGACUGAAGUUUUUUUGUCUUAGUUGUUUAAAAAUUACUUGAAAAUAUUUCUUGUCAGGGCUUAUUCUUGUCUUUUAUUGUAAAUAUUGUUUAUAUAGGUUGUACAUAAAGAAAAUGCUAUUAAAUGUGUCAAAUGGAAGAUCCACUGUAUUUUGUGAUCUAGCAGAAUGAGGGUCACUGUGACUAAUGAUUACUGAUAUACCAUCAUCCAAAGAACAGGAAAUUAAAACCAGCCAUUAAGGAAUGUUGCCGACCAUAUCCUCGCCCCCAUCCACACCAUUUAUUACUGCUCAUCCAUCUCAGUCUCAGUAACUGAAGUUUUCAGAUGCUUGAGAGAAGUAUACUAUGUUAUAACAAAAACUGUCACAAAAUGUCUCAA